UCUCUAAAAAGUACAGCCAAGAAAGAAACGAAGCUAAAAUAGAUACUCUCUUCCCCCUUCUCUCUCUCCCUCCCUCCCUUCUCUCUCAAUCUCUCUCUCUCUCUCACGCAGUACACGCACUGAAAUUCCUAAAGAGGACGACUCGGAACGGAAAAAAAAGUGAUAUACCAACUCUGUAGCUUCUGAAACAGUAGUAGUAAAAUUUUCAAUUAAUUAAUUACUUAUCUGUGAAUUAAUUUGGGAAAUGUUAAUGAAGAAGUGUGGAAAGAGUGUAAAUUUAUGUUCAAUUCGAAGUCAAUCUCAAUCCUCCAGAGAGGUUUUUCGCUGUCGCAAGUGCUGAGAAAUAUUUAACUCUCUCUGCAGAGAUUGAUGCCAAAGUCUACUAAAGAUUGUUGCUUUAGCAGAAAAAACCGAAAUUUAGCAUGUUUAGAGCCAAAGCUUGUUGGUUAUGUUUCGGACUCGUUGAUUUUCAACUUCUGUUUGAAGACAAACUCAGCAGUUUGCCUGGCUGCCAUGGUGUUUCCGUUGUUCUUGUGCACAAUAGACUUGGGAAUGUCUAAACCCUCAUUGUUCACCUUUUAAGCUUCUUAAAGUUAAUUAAAUUCAAAUCUUGCAGCAGCUGUUGUGUCUGAUGCGUACCAGGGUUUUCGUUAGUGUUAUUUAAUGUCUUUGGAGCUGGGUUUUGGGAUUCAUGUCGUAUUAGGUAGGUUUUCUGUAAGUUAGGUAUUUGUGGAUAGUGCGUUUGUUUUUCGGGAAUAUGGUACCGCCUGGUCCUCCCACUCCUCUUGGUGGUUCUCCGUCUGUUCCUCCAUCAUUAUUACGGUCAAAUUCUGGUUUAUUGGGUGGUCAAGGAGGUGCAAUGCCUUCUCAGGGUGCAUUCUCAUCUAUGGUCUCUCCACGGACACAGUUUGGUAACAUGAAUAUGCUUGGGAACAUGCCAAAUGUUUCGUCUCUAUUGCAACAGUCUUUUGCAAAUGGGGGGCCAAAUCCUGGGCUUUCUGGUCCUGGGAGUGCUCAGAGGGGACUUGUGGACAAUGGCGCCGAAUCUGAUCCACUUUCUGCUGUUGGAAAUGGGAUGGCUUUUAAUACACCCUCCUCUUCGUUCAUGUCAUCCAUGGCAGCUAAUCCAAACUCAUCAGCACAUGUACAGGGCCAACAAUUUUCAAAUCCUUCUGGCAGCCAGAUGCUGACAGACCCCCAGCAAAAUCAACAACUUGAUCCUCAAAGCUUCCAACAUAAUCAGCAGCCAAUGCAACAGUUCUCUGCGUCAAACAAUCCCCAGCAGCAGCAACAACAGCAGCAGCAAUUUCAAACAAUGCGAGCAGGAUUAGGAGGGGUUGGGCCUGUUAAGCUGGAACCGCAGGUGACGAAUGAUCAAACACAACAGCAGUUGCAAGCUCUAAGAAGUCUUGGUUCUGUUAAGAUGGAGCCCCAGCAGCUACCAAGUAUGAGGAGCCUGGGACCUGUUAAAAUGGAGCCCCAACAUUCAGAUUCGUCUUUGUUUCUACAUCAGCAGCAACAACAGCAGCAGCAGCAGCAACAACAACAACACCAACACCAACACCAACACCAACAACAACAACAACAGUUCCUUCACAUGUCUAGGCAGUCUCCACAAGCUGCGGCUGCUGCACAGCUUUUGCAUCAACAGAGGAUUAUGCAGCUUCAACAUCAGCAGCAACAACAACAAAUUUUGAAGUCUAUACCUCAACAAAGAUCCCCUUUGCAACCACAGUAUCAAGCACAGAAGUUGCCUAUAAGGCCUCCUGUGAAUCCUGUAUAUGAGCCAGGGACGUGUGCUCGGCGGUUGACACAUUACAUGUAUCAGCAGCAACAUAGGCCUGAAGACAACAAUAUUGAGUUCUGGAGAAAGUUUGUUGCUGAGUAUUUUGCUCCAAAUGCGAAGAAAAAGUGGUGUGUUUCUAUGUAUGGAAGUGGUCGCCAAACGACUGGAGUUUUUCCUCAGGAUGUUUGGCACUGUGAAAUAUGCAACCGCAAACCAGGGCGUGGGUUUGAGGCAACUGUUGAGGUUCUGCCCAGGCUUUUCAAGAUAAAGUAUGAGAGUGGUACUUUGGAAGAACUACUUUAUGUUGAUAUGCCCAGAGAAUAUCAGAAUUCAUCGGGGCAAAUUGUCCUAGACUAUGCAAAAGCAAUUCAGGAGAGUGUCUUUGAGCAACUUCGCGUUGUUCGAGAUGGUCAACUUCGUAUUGUAUUCUCUCAAGACCUGAAGAUAUGCUCUUGGGAAUUCUGUGCUCGACGUCAUGAAGAACUUAUUCCUAGAAGAUUGCUGAUACCUCAGGUUAAUCAACUUGGGGCUGCAGCUCAGAAAUAUCAGGCUGCUACACAAAAUGCAUCAUCUAGUGUAUCUGUUCCUGAGUUACAAAAUAACUGUAAUAUGUUUGUUGCCUCAGCUCGUCAGUUGGCAAAAGCAUUGGAAGUCCCUUUGGUCAAUGAUUUAGGGUACACGAAGAGAUAUGUUCGAUGUCUUCAGAUAUCAGAAGUGGUGAACAGCAUGAAAGAUCUAAUUGAUUACAGCCGAGAAACAGGAAUAGGACCAAUGGAGAGCUUGGCCAAAUUUCCUCGGGGAACAAAUACUUCACCUGGGUUUCAUGGUCAACCUCAGCAAUCUGAGGAUCAAAUUCAGCAACACCAGCAGACAAUGGGUCAGAGUUCGAACAAUGAUACCCCUGUUCAGGCUGCUUCUAUGCAACUUCCUUCCAGCAAUGGCUUGGCAAAUGUAAAUAUUCCACUGAAUUCGGCUUCUGCAACUUCCUCUACUAGUGCCAUAGCUGGGCUACUUCAUCAAAACUCAAUGAACUCGAGACAUCAAAACCCAAUGAGCAGUGCAAACAGUCCUUAUGGAGGAAAUGGUGUUCAGAUGCCAUCUCCUAGUUCCUCGAGUACCUUACCACAACCGCAACUCAAUCCUUCUCCUUUUCAGUCUCCAACACCAUCGUCAUCUAACAAUCCUCCACAGACUUCACUUGGUGGCUUACCGACUGGAACGCACAUGAAUUCUACUAGUUCACCGAACAUUGCAAUGCAGCAGCCAGCACUUUCCAGUGACACAGAUGCUAAUGAUUCCCAGAGUUCUGUUCAGAAAAUCAUACAUGAAAUGAUGAUGUCAAAUCAGCUCGGUGGUGGUAUGAUGGGCAUCAAUAAUAUGGGGAAUGACAUGAAAAAUGUUAAUGGAAUUAUGCCAACGAGCAAUAAUAUGGGUCUAACAGGGAAUAACUGCAUCGUUGGAAAUGGGGUAACCAACACUAACACUGGCAUUGGGGGUUCAGGAUACGGGAGCAUGACCAAUGGACUAAGUCAGGCAGCCAUGGUUAAUGGAAUUAGAGCUGCUUUGGGCGGUAACUCUGUGACAAUGAAUGGCAGAGUGGGCAUGACAAUGGUUCGGGACCAGAGUAUGAAUCAACAGCAGGAAUUGGGUAACCAACUGCUUAGUGGGCUUGGAGCUGUCAAUGGCUUUAAUAACCUUCAGUUUGAUUGGAAACCAUCUCCCUGAUAGUCUCUGUUGGUACUGUUCCGGUUCCCUGAGAUGUUGCUUGUGCAGAAAGGAGAUUUGUGGUUUUCCUCUUCGCCCAUCUGAAAAUGGCACAUGGAAAGAUAUAGAUGGUUUUGGGCCUCGGCUCUUCAUUGUACUAAUUCCAGAGAAAGAAGGAUACAUAUAGCAUAGCAUAGUGGUUUCGUGAUUGAAAUGAUAUAUCAUCCUAGUAGCAUAUUGUUCUAACUUGAUUUUGCCAAUUUCAGGUGCUUAUCUGCACUAACAGCCUUGAGGGGAAAUUCAGGGAGUAACUGCUGGAUGAUCUCAAGCAAUUUCUACUUCCUGUUUACCCUUGUCCAAGGCAUUUGUAAACUAUUAUGUGCUGAGUCUCGGCCUUUCCCCUCUGUCCCCCAGCGAAUGUGAGUGUAUAUAGCUAUCGAUUGUCUUCAAGCAAUUUUACUAGUACUUUCAAGAGCUGUUGGGGUGGUCUUGAAUUACGUGAUUUUAAUUUUCUGUUCAUAUUGGCAAUACUGUCAUUGAAACAGCAUUUGAAAUCACAGUAGGCUUUCGUGAA